AUGGAGGCAUUUGGAAAUGCCUCUUCUGGCAUUGGUGUUUCUGAGCAUAGCGUAAACACGUUCCUGGAAUUGCAGAGGAAGAAAGUUCAUCGCUAUGUGAUUUUUAAAAUUGAUGAGAAAAAGAAAGAGGUUAUCGUUGAAAAAACUGGAGGCCCUGCUGAGAGCUAUGAUGAUUUCACUGCAUCCUUGCCUGAAAAUGAUUGCCGAUACGCUGUCUUUGACUUUGAUUUUGUGACAUCUGAGAACUGCCAAAAGAGCAAAAUCUUUUUUAUUGCAUGGUCUCCUUCAGUGGCCCGCAUUCGCCCAAAGAUGCUAUAUGCAACAUCCAAGGACAGGUUCAGAAGGGAGCUGCAGGGCAUCCAUUAUGAGAUUCAGGCAACAGACCCAACAGAGAUGGAUCUUGAAGUCCUCAGAGAACGUGCAAACUGAGCAGUCACCUACACAAGAGGGUUGUGUCUAGGUGAUGUAGUUACAACAAAAGCAGU